AUGGGAGGUGUGAUCAAGUCUCCCCGUGCCUCGGAGAGCAAGUUAAGUUUAGCAGUGGUUAUCGUUGGCAUGCCAACUCAAGCUGGAGCGGAGUGGUUACUGUCUUUGUUCAACGAGAGGAGACGGCCUUAUCGACUGGGCGGCGUCAGUCGAGCUCGCUCGGUCGGGAUCGUAGUCGCAGUCAUCGGCAACCUUCGGGUAACUUCGGAUGGCGGACGCACCACUGAAAAUGCAGGGCUGGCGAGCAGACAUGUGUUAGCGAGUCUGUCAAAAGCCAAGCAGGAAUUGAAAGCGAUCGUCGACAGCCCUUCGCUAGGCUCGGUCCAGGCACAUGGCGCGAGGCAGCGCGGCGGGGUCCGCGGGGGGGAGCCAGGCGCCCCUCAGUGGCGGCCUGCAGUGCUAAACGCGCGUGUCGCCUCCGACGCUCGCGCCCCGCGCGCCAUAUCUCACUUACCUAGCGACGCCGCAACCGGCGGUGCCAGCAGCGGCCGGCCUGCCCGCGGGCCGGCCCUGACCACUCUUCGGAGAACGACAUGA